CUUCCAGGGUUAACUUUUUACAUGGGAAAAGUGACAGAUAACAACGAACCAUCGCCUCAGAACUGGUCGAAAUUUGCUCGUUUCUGGUGCUCGGCGUGUUUAAUUCGAUACUUUUAGACACUGAUUCAUCUCUAAGCGGCGACUUUUAAUCCACGUAAAAUGGUGUUUUACUUCACGAGUGCCGUGGUGGAGACUCCGUACACAAUCUACAUGGGAAAGGACAAAUAUGAAAAUGAAGAUCUAAUAAAGUAUGGUUGGCCCGAAGAUAUUUGGUUUCAUGUGGACAAACUGUCCUCGGCUCACGUUUACUUGAGAUUACCAAAGGGUCAUACCAUAGAGGCUAUUCCUCCAGAAGUGCUGAUAGACUGUGCACAGCUGGUGAAGAACAACAGCAUCCAAGGCUGUAAGAUGAACAACAUCAAUGUGGUUUACACACCGUGGGCCAACCUGAAGAAAACCGGAGACAUGGACGUAGGACAGAUCGGAUUCCAUCGACAGAAAGAGGUGAAGCUUGUGGCCGUGGAGAAGAAGGUCAACGAGAUCGUGAACCGCUUGGAGAAAACAAAAGAGGAACGCUUCCCCGACCUGGCGGCAGAGAAGGAGUCAAGAGACCGAGAGGAGAGGAACGAAAAGAAAGCACAACUCCAAGAACAGAAGAAGAGAGAGAAAGAGGAGCAGAAGAGGAAAAAGGAGACAGAGGACCUCAGGAAUUAUACAUCACUGAUGCAGAGUGAGAACAUGCAGACAAAUGAGGACGGCUACGACUCGGAUGACUUCAUGUAGGACAUGAAUACGAGGCAGCAGCGAACAGACCGAUGACUCCUCUUCACCACCGCUCAGAUCUGCUGUCAGGAUUCUGUUUGGCUGCUUUUGCUUGCUGUAACCCUACACUGACAUUUUAGAAGGGGAAGGGGGAAUUAAGAAAAAAAAAAAGAAGAAGAAGAAAUAAAAGAAAUGGAUACCUUGAACUUUUGGUCACGUUGGAGCAGAGGGAGCGAGCCGGUUAGCUUUGCGACGUAUGCCACCUGGCUGGUUCAGACUCUUCAACACAGGAUAACACUGUGGACGAGGGAAAAGCAGGAAACAGGAGGGUCAUUUUGGGGGUAAAGAAUAUCUCAAGCAGUCCAACAGUGUGUUUUUGGCUUUUCACUUAAUUAAAGUGGUGCCUAUGAUGA